AUGACAGAAGCAUUCAUCCACGACGUUCUCAUCAUCGGCGCCGGCCCCUGCGGUCUAGCCGUUGCCUCCCGCCUAUGUGAACACUCUCCCUCAGCCCUCUUCACAGACGAAGAACACCAGCGGUAUCACUGGAUCCGCAAGUACGGCCGCCGAAUGCCCCUGAAGAACAGACGAAACGGCAACAUCAUUGAGAAGAGGACACCGGAACGCAGCCAGCGGUACUCGACGCUGGUCUUGGACGCCACGGGCGACGAGUGGAUGAACCGCUGGAACCGUCUCUUCAAGACAUUCGACAUCACUCACCUCCGGAGCCCCAUGUUCUUCCACGUUGACCCGAGUGAUCGCGACGCCCUGCUCGCCAGAGCUCACGAGAGGAACCAGGAAAAUGAGUUACAGGAGCUUCGGGCGUGCGUCGGAAAGGAGAUUAGCAAGCAUCUGCGCAAGGCGAGGCUCAAGUCACGAAACCCAAAACAACACGCCGUCGUUGAAGUCGACGAACGAGACCGCAAAGAUUACUUCACGCCUCCCACAAACCUCUUCGCCAACCACUGCGAAUGCAUCGUCGACCGCUACGGCCUCCGCGAAGGCCUCAUCCAAAACGAAAAGGUGGAGGAUAUCCAAUACCGCACCGUCAAGCAAGUCUCCCCAGACGCAAACCUCUUUGCCGUUCACACAAACAAGGGAACGCACUACGCGAGAACAGUCGUCCUGGCCGUCGGCCCAGCCAACGCGCCCACGAUCCCUCCCAUCCUAGGCCUCAACAGUGAACCGGGUUGCGCGGCGCCGCCUCAGGUCUGCCACAGCAUGCAGAUCCAAAAGUUCCCCGACCCGGUCGUGCAGGCCAAGAUCUCCGCAAAGAAGGCGACAAACGUCCUUGUCGUGGGCGGCGGGUUGACGUCGGCGCAGUUGUCUGACCUGGCUAUCCGGCGCGGCGUGACCAAAGUCUGGCACCUCAUGCGCGGCCCUUGCAAAGUGAAGCCGUUUGACAUCGACCUCGCGUGGAUGGGCAAAUUCCGCAACGUGGAGCAGGCGUACUUUUGGUCCGCGGACUCGGAUGAAGAGAGGCUGCAGCAGAUUCAGAGCGCCCGAGGCGGAGGCAGCAUCACGCCGCCAUACCAGAAGCGGUUGAAGCAGCAUAUCGCAAAGGGCAGCUUGCGUCUCUUGACGAACACCAAACUAUCCGAGGCUCAUUUUGACGAGGAGAAGAAGGUGUGGAACGUCAAGACGGAGCCGCCGGCUGCUGAUGGUGACCUGCCGGGUAUGGACUUCAUUUACUUUGCUACGGGCGUGCAGACGGAUUAUGCGAGCUUGCCGUACUUGCAGACGAUGCUACGUGAGCAUCCCAUCCACGGCCACGGAGGCUUGCCGUGCAUCGACGACGACCUGAAAUGGUCAAAAGACGUGCCGCUGUUUUUGUCGGGAAGACUUGCCGCGCUACGUCUGGGACCCGGCGCGGCUAAUCUCGCGGGCGCCCGGGCGGGUGCUGAGAGGAUUGCGUGGGCUAUCGAGGAUAUUCUUCCGGAUCGGACUGGUGAUGUACCGGGGGAGUCUGACAUGAGUGAUGAGAAGAUGAGGUUCGUGACGGGUAGGGGGAACAGAUUUGAUAGCUUGAUUACAGCGGGAGAUGGUGAUUGGUAG